GAUGAACAGACGGACGAGAUUAUCUCGAUCGAUGACUUUGGCGACUUGAUCGACCAAGCCACCUUUGAGCAGAUUCUCGAAAUGGACGACGACGAGGAGGAGCGCGAGUUCAGCAAAUCGAUAGUCUACGAUUUCUUCGAUCAAGCGGGCCAAACGUUUAAGAACAUGUACAAAAGCCUCGAGGACAAGGAUCUUGGACAGCUCUCCGCGCUGGGACACUUUCUCAAGGGAUCCUCGGCGACUCUGGGCCUCACGAAAGUCAAGGACUCCUGCGAAAAGAUCCAACAUUUUGGUGCAAGAAAGGAUGAAACUGGCAACAAAGACGUGGAAGAUGAUGAAGUAAGCUUGAAGAGCUGUGAGAAGUCGAUUAAGCAGGCGGAGAAGGACUUUAAGGAGGCCGAAACACUGCUGAGAAAAUUCUACCACGAGGAC